AUGGCGUCGUCUUCUUAUCCAACACAGGCUGUAGAGCUGGAAACUCUCGAUUUCUCUCGUCAAGUUCCGAAACAGCCGAACCCUGUUUUAUCCUCGGCUGGACGUCGGCUUGGAUCUCACCAUGAAGAUCAAGAUCAAGAUCAAGCUAAUGCCGCAGACGAUGAAGCGAUCCCACCCAGAGCCGCUGCUGUCGUGGAGAAGUGGAAUGAGCCAAUUGGCAACGCCUUUCGAGUGGGAGCUGUCUUCUUCAGUCUUUUCGUCUCGGGCGCCAAUGAUGCAGCCUACGGUGCCUUGAUCCCUUACCUCGAGACAUAUUACGAGCUGUCGUAUCUGGUCGUUUCGCUGAUCUUCCUCUCACCCUUCGUUGGCUUCAUUGUUUCAGCGGCUAUCAACAAUUAUUUGCAUAUGCGAAUUGGCCAGCGAUGGAUCGCCUUUAUGUGCGGUGGAUGCCAUGCACUUACAUACCUGAUCCUGUCCCAGCAUCCGCCUUAUCCUGUGCUGGUCCUGGCGUAUGUCCUUGCUGGUCUGGGUAACGGAAUUGGCCUUGCGGCUUGGAACUCAUAUAUCGGCAAUCUUGCUAGAUCUAAUGAGCUGUUGGGUUUUAUGCAUGCCAGCUAUGGUCUUGGAGGAACGGUGAGCCCUCUGAUUGCGACCAGCAUGAUUACCCAAGCCAAACUUGGCUGGUAUGAGUUUUACUACGUCCUUCUGGGCAUGGCUGUUCUCGAGACUGCUACCCUCACAUACGCAUUCUGGCCCAAGACGGCUCAAAAGUACCGCGAGACAGUCUGUGCUGCUGGUACCCGUAAUGAAGGUACCAGGUCUGCACUUUUCGUCAUGCCCCACGCUCGAGUCGUUUGGCUAUGCGCUUUGUUCCUCCUCGGCUACGUUGGUGUGGAAGUUGCUCUGGGUGGCUGGGUCGUGCAAUUCAUGCUACGCGUUCGUAAUGCCGACCCCUUCGACGCAGGUAUGACAGCCGUGGGUUUCUGGCUAGGUAUAACACUGGGACGCAUGAUCCUCGGCAUGGUGAUCCCCAAGUUGGGUGUCAAACUGUCCCUUCUCAUCUUCAUCCCCAUCACCAUGGCCCUACAACUCGUCUUCUGGCUCGUGCCGCAAUUCCAUGUGUCGGCCGUGGCAGUUGCCCUCCAGGGCUUCUUCCUAGGACCCAUGUUCCCCUGCGUGAUCGUUGCUGUAACGAUGCUUCUGCCGCGCCAUCUUCACGUUAGUGCUAUCGGGUUUGCUGCUGCGUUUGGAGGCAGUGGAGCGGCUGUGCUCCCUUUCGCCGUUGGUGCAAUUGCGCAAGCGAAGGGCGUCCAGGUUCUGCAGCCGAUUAUUCUUGCAAUUCUGGUGGUUCUGUUGGGUAUUUGGCUUGGCUUGCCCAAGAUUGAGAAGAAGAAGGAUUAA